GGUUACUCUCUUUUGAGCUCCACAAUCAGUUAUUACUAUGCAGGUUCCUGUAUUGAGUGCGGAUUACGAUGUUUGCGAUAUGAGAGCUGUCAGUCAUACAACUGUUUUAUUCCCGAAAAUUCAAGAUUACAAGUGUGUCAUUUGAAGGCAGAGACAAGGAAGUCUAAACCGGAAAACUACAAGGCAGACAAAAGGUCGACUUACUUUGAGCUUAGUCAGGUAUGCACUAUGUGAACAUCAUGCUUAAAAUAAAGGCUUUUUGUGUUGUUGGUUUUAUUAAAUGAUUGGUUAACGGGUUGGUUUAUUGACUGAUUGAUUGAUUGAACUGAGAUAAUAUGACUGAUCAGACAAAUGGCUGAAGAAAUGCAGAGUUUGAUAUGAAAUAUACGAUUUUAAAGGUCAGAUCGGAGUUUGAGAAAGUUAUUGCGGAAUUGAUCUUUCUCUACUGGUUUUCGUGUAGGAUUUCAGAGUGUUCACGAUGAUCAUCAGUAAUGUCAGUUGCAUAUCAGACGUUAUAUGAAAUAAAAAGGAAAAGAAAACCUCGGUCUUAUGACAUGGGUAAGAGAGAUCUAGAAUACCCCAAGCUAGCGACCUGCUCAUCACAUGAGUCACCCAUUUCUCAGGAGUUAAAGCUUCCAACAGCUAACUGGAAAGUCGAGGGUCCGAUUCCUGUUGAGGGCUCAGUCUACGUGUAGCUAAUAUCUGUUUUAGUUUUAUCAUUCGAAGGAGAGAAAACAAGAAAUGUGAAUGUUAAUGUUUCAAGUUUAAGCCACCAGACUUCCCUUUUUAAAUCACUCGGCAAUAUAUGUAAUAGUACGAUCAGUUUUAAAUCUUUUCUUUCGUCCUUGGCCUGUUUUUUAUGAAUGUAAUCCUUAACCAUCUUCAUCCAUCAAAGCUGAAAUUCAAACGUUUUAAAUUUAGGUGGCGAAUUUCAAGUUUAUCUGUCAAAACAGCGGACAAAGGAUAACACAUCAAAAUCAAUGUUCAUGUCCUCCUGGAUUCAAGGGCGUGACCUGUCAAUCAAGUGAGUGUGAGAUGAUUGAAUUGGUACCUCGCUGUUUGUCAAAAGAAACCAAACUAACGAGACCGGUUGUCAGCAGAACUGAUCCACCUAAUUCAGUCUCUUGUUCAUUAUAAGAGACAAUGGGUGUCAGUAUCAUGGAAAACGCAACGAUUUUGUUGUAGGGGCUAUCGGUCAGCCAUUUCACAAGGAUGUCGUUGUUUUAGGUCUGGGCUAAACUCAUCACUAAAAUAGUGCCAUCACCCAUACACAAAAUGAUCCGUUAAAGAAGAUAUCAAACAAGUUCCAUCAGGGAGCACUAAACAAUAAUAAUUUUUUGGUGAUUUUUUGCAGGCACCGAGCAAUGAUUAAAAUUUGAAAAUCAUUGGCCCAAUUUUUUCAAGUUUCAAUACACGCCUCCAUGCCAUCCUUAAUAACUGACUACACGGAACAGUUCAAUACCUACCUAUAGUCUUAGAUAUUGAUGCCAAGACACAUUCAGUUAGCUUUAUAUAAAGAUAGCAAUUAACAUGACAUAGCUUUUUAAGGUUUGUGUUUAAAGGGUAUUGUCUUCCGGUCAUUUCUUUGGCAACCUCGUCACACGUUUUACUGUUUAACAGCCUUAAAAUUUAGCUUAGGAAAGAUUAAAUAAAAUUCAAUGGAUUAUUUUUCUCCUUCUGUGUCUAGAGAAACUUGGUUAUUUCUCUUCAAGCCCUGGUCAUUCCUGUAAGCACAUCCGGGACUCUGGUGAUUCAACAAGGGACGGAGAGUACUGGAUCGACCCUGAGAAUAAUGGCAUGCCUUUAAAAGUCCUUUGUGAUAUGACAACUGAUGGAGGUAAAGAAAAAAUAUUUAUUAUAUAGAUACUGAUGACAUACUAGGAUUUUCUCUUUUAAUAAAAAAUCAUAUCUUCAUCGCGCGCAGUGAAGAUACUAUUUUUAUCUGUCACGUGUGAGGAUAUCGGUGUCGCCAUGGUUACUAACAUGAUUAGCCAAUAACAAGAAUUACAAGAGUUUCAAAAAGUUGUGUUUUAUGUAGGAAUUUCAUCAGUAUCUAUAAAAUAAACAGAACCUUACAUGGCCGCUUGGGGAUACGAAUUUUAUCUUCUCGAGCUGAAAGAAUCUCUCACUCGUUCUCUUCUCUCAGUCGUGAGAGAUACUUUCAGCACUCGAAGAUAAAAUUCGUAUCCCCAAGCGGCCAUGUAAUAUCCUCUAUAUCUAUUGUCUUAUAUGUCAACUCGUUGAAAAAGGCAGGGAUUACACAAUCACUGGAAAUCAGUUGCCAAUUGUAACUUUGGCCUUUUUGCUUCCUGUUAAUUAUAGAAAAUAUUUCUGCUUGACUUCAGACUCGUCGACUCUCACUGUCAAAUAUCUAGCUUUAACUCAUAAGUAAUAAAACGGCAAAGAUUCUUGCACCUGGAAAUAAAAAAUUAUGUUGAUUUCAGGGGGCUGGCUUAAUGUUGCCACCUUAAAGCAAGCCGACUCUUCCCCUGCUUGGACCGCUGAAACUUCAUACCGCGGGAUCAGCAACUAUCAGAAUAACUUAAUGGGCAUUAGUACAAGUGCCAUGCGUCAACUGAGGUCGCACUUGAACUUCACUCAACUGAGAUUCCACUGUAGUAAAGAAAAUGGGCACACUUUUCACGUCAUCACGGUCAAUAACAGCACUGGGGAAGCUGUAGUACAGUAUUUCAGCGGUCAGUCAAGUGUUCUGCCAGCCUCGUGUGGUUCGUUCAUUACAAUGAAGGACGACAACUCGUACUUAGCUCAACAGUGUCACCGAUGGGGAAACGAUGGAUCACAUUAUGUUGGAAAAUGGGGUCACUAUAACAAAAACGAAGAACGACGAAUGUACGACCAUUCUGCGUUUGUUGCCCACCGAUAUCACUGGGUUGUUUAUAACAACGUAUGGCUCUGUGAUGAGUCAAAAGGCAAUGUCUUUGCAACUUCUACAGAAGAUUUCUGGAAAAUCUAUGUUCGCUGAAAAUGAAGGAUAAAAAAUGCUGACUGCUUGACUGUGUUCAGGCUCAGUGCGCUAAUGGUAAAAUGGUAAAAUACUUACAAAAUCGAUGAAUCUGUAGCCUGCAUGAUAAGAAAAUUACACAGUUUUUUUCUUUCAAGGCACCUUUUUUAUAACAACGUUGAAAGUGAGGAAAACUGGAUGGCAACACGAAAUUCUUUUAUCUAAGCUUCUUUCGAAUAUGUACUUCUCACCUGGACGAUGUCAUAUCAAUUUUGUCUGGCAUUAUGUGAAUCCGUGUAAAUACUAUCGUAAGCUAGUAGAAUGUAGAAAUGGUGGUUUCAGUAGGCUUUUAGUGGCAACCUCUUUUCCAAUAUCUUUUCGUCCCAUGCAAGGGAAUCCGGAUUCCUGAAUCUGUGAAAUUUUUGCUUGUGGAAUCCGGAAUCCUACUGAGAAUUGGAAUUCAGAAUCCAAGUUCCACUGACAAAGAAUCCGGAAUCCAGUACCUGGAAUCCGGAAUCCACGGCGUGGAAUCGAGAAUCCAAGACUCUCUUCGAUUCCUUUAUGUGGGGCGAAUCUUUCAAUGACAAGACCCCAAGAGCUUAAGAGAAGAGGGACACGAGAAACUAGCUCGUAUUUUUGGCUGCAUUGAUAAACCAAUUUCGGCAUCAUUUAGAUUCAUACUUAGUUUAGAGGCUUGGGAAAGCUGAGUCGCCUUGAGGUCCAGAAUGAAUAAUACAUUUCUGUUGUUUUAUUUCCCUAACUUCAGAUUACAUAACAGAUAGUUGAGAAAAUUUGAUAAAGCUAAUAAAUUAUUAAAAAGAAGGUUGUAAUAAUUCGAUCAAGAAAUAUAGAAAUAAACUGUAUUGAAAUAAACAUUCCUCGCCAAAUUAAAAAAAAAAUGGCUGUUAAAAAUCGUUUUCAUGGGAACGUUGCCGCCAAAGGAUCUGAAGUGCAAGUCACGAAAAUUUAAAAUAGUCCCAGUUAGUUUAUAGAAAACUUGGUGGUCAAAGCUUAAUAGUUGUUCAAGUUAUUUAACUUGGGGAGGGCUUUUAAAAAGCCCUUCUCCCCUCUCUCCCUCCACGUUCGAUAAUUCGAUAAUUCGCAGGAAAGUGAGCUGUCCAUUUUUUGACAUUGAUUAAUUUAUGAUUUUUUUUCAUACUUGUUCACCGCCUCUACUGGUACAAAAUGAGCGAUGAUCGGAGUCCCGAGUCCAAAUCCUGGACAACACUUGUAAACUGACCGAAAUGAAUUGCAUCCUGCCGACCAGUUGGGAUUGUUAACCCUGAUAUAAGCUGAUAUAUAUGUUUUAUUUGAUUUUUUUGGUUACAGUCACUUGCUCCGUCCCACUAGCCUUUACGUAAAAGAUACAACCGAGGUCAUAUUAAAGUCUAAGCAAUGCGCGCUUGAAAGGCAACGCUUCGGUGGCUUAGCCAUAAGACUUGCUAGACCUAUUAACAUUUCCCUUAACAGAAACAGCAGGAUGUGCAUAACAUUGAUUAAAACAAUCUCCGUACUGCCUCUCUAUGAAUAAAUAACUAAAUAACUUACAGCUGUUAAGAAAUUGCUUUUUGUAGUGCGCCUUUAUCAUCAUUUUUAAUUAUUAACCAUCUGCAUGGAAAAUUCAAGUUUAAUUUGUAAGACAUCAACCGCCUUACAGGUUUAAAACUUUGAUGCCCAUGUCUACGUACAUCUCCGGAAAGAAGAACACAACCCGAAAACAAUCAGUCAAGUUUCUUGAUUUCCAGAUUUUGGGUUAUUGAUGUUGUUGGCCUUUUCAUUUUUUGUUUUAUUCAUUUUUCUUUUUUGCUUGUUACCGCGGAAACGAAUAAAAUAUUUAUUACCAAAACUCAAAUUGUAAAUUAAUUAAUAAGUGUUAGUACAAACACCAUUUUCUUAAGACAUUAUUUAAUUUUCGGAAGGUUUUUCAAAAUGGUAGACAGAGAACAAGGAAAGCAUGAUUCUUCUAUCCUGUUGUAAAAAAGGCUUCUUCACUUACUGAGAGACUAAAUUAGGUGUAAAAUCACUUUGAAAGCAGUCAGCCAUUGGGGCUUCUAUACAAAAAAAUAGAGCCGCUCAUGCAGCUCUGACUACCAAUCAGAGUGUCCUUGUUUAUUUAACUAAGCCAGCAGUUAUCCAUAGUAAUGAUUUCAGGCGUAAUUUCAUUCUCAUGUAAGCGUGUAUUAUAGAUUGGAUUGUUGUAGAUGAGAAUGAACUGGUUACCACUUUGUUAGACAAAUGCAAGUUUGGUAAGAAGCUCAUUUCAGCUAGAUUGUUUCUGUUUUUGUUACCAUACUAGUUGUAUAUUAUGGCUUUUUUUACAGUAAAUACUGUAAAAGACUACUUUGUGUUUAAAUUCGUCACCGUUCCUUGUUUCGUUCUAUUUGUAGCGAUUGUUGUCACCAUGUUUCUAUCUAUUUAUAUUCCAUUCGUACUGAUAUUCUUGAGGACCUCUCUACUCUUAUCUGCACCAGAUUACUGUGGUAACUUGUUUGAAAGUUUUUCAGGUACGUGUUUGAUCAUCAUGUCUUGAUUUGCAAACUUGUGACGUGCAGUGCACUCAAGACUCUUUCAGAAUCCUAGGUUCACCUGUCCCAACUGUUUCAAAGGCAUGGAAUUUUGUUCUACAUCUUUGAGAUAAAAUUAAACAGUUUAAGCAAUGAUAAUCAAUUUUAGCUUUGUUCUCCAUCUUGGGAUGAAAUUAAACAUUUUAAGCAAUGCCAAUCAGUUUUAGCUUUUUUGUGAUAGUUUGCUUGAGUGCGCAUCGUAAGUUAAACGAAGUGCAACUUUUUCGAAUUUUUUUUUCAGCCUCACAAAUCUAUUUUUUGUUUGUUAUUGUUCUCAAUUAUUGCGAUUUUUUUCUGUGUAAGCACGGCAGAUUUUAUCUAUCAAUAAACGACUAAAGGGAUUUAAAAUAAUCAUGAACGAUGUCGUUUUCCAUUUUUUUUCUUUCUUUUGAUAUAUAGCAUUGAAGCAGCUUACUCCGUGGAGUUUUAAAAGCUGUAAUUUAAAUGAAAGAUUUUCCUUUUUUUUUUUAAUUUAAAUCAUGAAAGAUUUUCCAUUUUGUUUUUCUUUCUUUUGAUAUAUAGCUUUGAAGCAGCUUACUCAGUAGAGUUUUUAAAGCUGUAAUUUAAACGAAAGUUUUUCAUGCACCUGAAUUUACGGGUGGUCGCAUUACAGUGAUUGAAAAGAAAUUUUUAAAGUGCUGUGAUAGCAAAGCGCAUGCGUAAAACACAAACCGUGCAAGUGCGUUUAAGCAAGUGCGUGAGAGAGACAAUUUAGUUUAGUGACGUUAACAAAUAAAAAAUCUUUCCAAGCUCCAAGGGGACAGUCUGGGUGUAUUUUGGGGGAAUUAUAUUGUUUAGGGAACGAAAUGAAUUUGGAUAGAAAAGAUGGUAUACGCAUAAAACGUAAGGUUAGUCCGCUAAUGGUAUGAGAGGCACCUUGUGGUGGUGGACUAUCUGGUAUUUGCCCACUAAUUUUUUUCUUCAUAUUUAAUUUUCAACAACCCUCAAAUCCAAUACUUCAUAUUUUCCAAAUUUCUUAAUACCCCCCCCCCAAUUUUUCUGCAUUAAAAACAUUCGAAAAAUCAUCCAAAAAUCAUUUCUCGGAAAAUUAUUGAACCAAGGACUGCAAACUAAUCGAGUCAUUUUUCGAUUGAAUGAAAUCUUGGCUAGAUAUUUAAGAAAAGGGACAGAAAUAGGCGAAAAAAAAAUGCUUUUAACUCGACUCAAAACAAAUUCGAUGUCCAAUUUGGACAAAGUCGUUUUCCAUAAAAAGCCUGAUUUUCAAUGUUGAAAGUCUGCACCUAAUUUUCAUUUAUUUUACUUAAAAUUUAGCUGGAAUAGAGUACUAAAGUGAUGACGUCAUAAAAAUGAAAUUUCUGAAAUUAUGGGAUUUGUCAGGAUAUUCUGAAAGAACAAUGUCCAAGAGGCCUACUUGCCAAAAAUGAGCAUUUGGGGGCAAAUUGUCUCUGAGAUCGUAGCCCAGUUAUACUCAGAAAACUCCAUACAAACCCUUCUAAUUUUUUUUGGGGGUCGACCCAAGAAAAAUUUAGAAGGGUUUGUAUGGAGUUUUGUAAGCAUAACUGGGCUACGAUCUCAGAGACAAUUUGCCCCCAAAUGCUCAUUUUUGGCAAGUAGGCCUCUUGGACAUUGUUCUUUAAGAAUAUCCUGACAAAUCCCAUAAUUUCAGAAAUUUCAUUUUUAUGACGUCACACUUUAGUACUCUAUGAUAGAUUACUCCUUUAACUUAAAGAAUCCGCUCUAUGCUAAAGAAGUCAUCUUUUUAACAACCGAAAUGACGACUUUAGUCACUCUGCUGCGCCAAAAUCGUCCGUUUUCUCUAUUAUUUAUAUGCAGCUUUCUAGGCGCAUUCAUGCCUGAUUAGUCCUCCUCAAUGGCUCAUUGAUAUGCGUAAAUGUCCGACCAUUUCUCCCGAUGUAAUCCCAAAUCAUUUUGUUAUUGUAUAUUGAAGUGGUCAUCUGUCCCUCAAAUCGACGCUUGGGGACUGUCAAUCGAUGAUCAGUUCACAGGUGCCUGCUCUGGCUGUUUCAGCGUAGUUUCUGCAUUUCAAGAAGCUGUCAUAACGUGUAUUUGGGCGUUGCGAACAUGUUAGCGUAGUCUUUGUUCGUUCAAUUCUGCUAAAAUGUGUUAGGACAAGAGAGGAUAAAGGGGACAGAGAAGGCAUCCCCCAUACACGCCCUAUUCCAUAGGUAAUUCGUCUCGAGUUAUUUUCAAAACCACAGAUCCCAAGGGGGAUUAGACAACAGCCAAUCACAUAGCGUGAAUGUGUUCCGCGUGGAUGAGCCACGCGUCCUUCACGAAUUAACGCUGAAAAAAUGGCGGAAGACGCGAAGAGCGAUAUUGCUAUUGGUUUUGACCAAAGCGCUGUCCGCGAAAUGGAAAUUAAAAAAGAAUCGCCCUUCCUCUCUUGUAUAGAGCUAACAGUACAGCAGGGAAAUCCUUAUCACACUGAAUAUUCUCUCAGGAUCAUUUAUAAUUUACAGUUUGAAGAGAGCAAUUUGUGGUUUGAUAUUUAUUCUUUUAUUAGUCUUUUAUUAUUCAACAAAAAUAACACUUGGCGUCCUACUUGCUUUAUUGUACAAACGACCAGUUUCAAUGGACCUGCGGCGAAAUUUCUCAUUUCAUUAAAGCACUGAGGUUACGACAACUUCGAGUUAAACUGAUUUCACGGGUUGUCAAAGAGUCCAGCGAUUCCCCAUUCCCAGGUGAGCGCCGACUCAUUUCGCUUCAAUAUUCAGAAAUGGUCUCGAUCUCUUUACGCUUUCAUUGCCUUUUGUGUUUUGCACGGCGUUAAGUCAUGCGAAACCUCCACGAAACAUCCACGCAGCGCGCGAGGUAACUUUAUCCCGAUUCUAAAAAUAACUCGAGACGAAUUACCUAUGGAAUAGGGUGUGUAUGGGGGAUGCCUUCUCUGUCCCCUUUAUCCUCUCCUGGUUAGGAUGUGCACAUAAAAGCCUGCCCCGAUGUUGUAUUUGAUACUCGACUUUUAUUCGGAAAAAUUCUUAAAACAAUUUGAAUUUAUGGACAUGCUUUAAGUCAACUACGCAUGUUCACGCUGUCUUAGAGUACUAUUAUAGGUUUGUAGCCAAAUUAAGGAGAAGGUUUAUGGAUUUAGACCUGGCCAUUCCAAAGGAAGCCCGAGUCAUCAAUGGUUUCAACGUCGGUGUGUUGAAGGUGACCAUUUUAAUGGGUAACUCUCACAGAGAAAUCCACUUAGCCAUUUGGAGGCUGGAAUUCUCUGGACAUAAGAACGUGUUGCUACAAUAAAUUUUACGGCGGAGGACGUCUUUAACAUGGGCUUUUAAUUCUGCGACUUUAUUUUGGUAGAUUUUGCCUUGACUGGUCACACUUUUGAUACAAGUCAGGUAGAUGAUAAUACAGAGUGCGCUGUCAAAUGUGCGGCAAAUGACACAUGUCAGUCAUACAACUUAGAGAUCAGUGGAAGUAUGGGCAAUCAACGAUGCGAGCUGAAUAACCAUUCGCGAAUUUCAAGACCGCGAAGUUUGGAAAAGAAGCUGGGGUUUGACUACUAUGGUUCAGUUCUGGUAGGCUUAAGAACCCUUUAUGUGUUUCAUUACUCGCUUCAGUUCCGAGCUGUAAUGACAAUCAAACGUUGUGAUCUCAACGAUACAUAAACUGGUUGACUUAAUUUAAGUCACCUCACCAGCUUCCUGGUCCUUAGCUUAUGCCCACAUCAUAGAACCAUUCGAACAGCUUGUCAAGUCACUGUCUAGAUUGACAAUGCAUAACACAAAGGUCAAGUUGACUAACCGUUACAAUUGCGGGGUUAAAUUUAAAGUAAGAGUACCUGUGAUGAUGAAACAAGUGUUUGAUACUACCCGAAAGCACCUAUAGUAGCUUCGUUUAUGAGCAUCCCUGUUAGGCUGUAUGUAAUCGUUAUUGUGUUUUGUAAAUGCAUGUCGUUGUAUAUAUAUAUAUCAUAUACACAUAAGUUCUUAUUCGUUACUCCGAUAAAUACUUAUUCUACUUAGUCAGUUCAUAGUGCACAGCUUUUCACAACUAUAAACUUUUUGGUAACCGAUAAAGAAUAGAAUAAAUAUACACAAAUAUUUUCUUCUGUAGAUUCGUUGUGCUCAGAGCAAUCGCAAAACUGAGAACGACUGCAAAUGUCACCAUGGUUACAAAGGCCAACGAUGCCUAUCACGUGAGUUAAUAGCCGAUUGCGACGUAACUAUCCAUUUACCUUUAUUUAUCAGCGAUAAACAACGAAAGAAGAGUACAGGCUUUCAAUCGUUUGGGUUAGGAAAGGAUGAAAACAAAGAUUGCUAAACAUGUAACUCCUUUAAUUCAAAAAGAUCCUGGACAAUAUUCAGCUAUGAUGGAUCCACACCCAACCGUGGAACGAGGUUCGGGGAAGGGUCAGUUGAACCCUCCUUGGGUUCUUGCUAUUUUGAAAUAUUUGUAAAGACGAAAUCUCAAACAAUUAGACUGCAGUGAGGUCUUUAAGAUGAUAUAAAUGUUAUGGGAGUUGGUGUUGUUGGGUCACCAUAUUGGA